AUGCGGUUUGACUACUUGAACAAAGGUCCGGCCUGGGCCGCAGUCCGGGAGAUCAGUAUUCGCGAAUUCACUCCUCACCCAAUAGGAGAUUCGACCUGGCUAGGCGAUGGACAUCUCGUUAUCGGUUCAGGUAACCAGAUGUUCGUUCACGGGAGGGAGUAUGACCUAUCCGGCUCCUUGAUCAACAGCCUGCAACUGCCGCACAGGAAGAACGGCGUCUGGGAUCUUUUUGACGCUGUUCAGAGGUUUAACGGCCCUCUGCCGGUUUUCCACCCUCAGUUCCUGAGCCAAUGUAUCCUUGCAGGGAAGAGCACCAUAGUCCGAACGAUUCUGAUGUCACUGCACAAAACUCUCAAGUUCCUCAUUGCAGGUGAGACGGUCGAUGACUACCUUGGACUCGAACCAGCGGUUUUCUACUCAUCCGGGGCCUCACCGACGCAAGCAUCAGAGUCCCAGGUAGGGUCUCACUUCAGUCUGCAAGUAUCUGCCGACGAGACAGACGACUCAGAGGAGCCUUUCAGCGAAGAAACUGCACUUGCCAUCAAUGUUCGUCUUACCAAAGUUGGCCUCCAACAGCUGUCGGGUCAUGAGCAAAUACAACUGGCUGAUAUCGUUGAAUGCGUGGGGAUCGUCGAGAAACAGCGCAGAUCCCUGGACGAGAAUGGUGCACGUUUUAUGCUCUUUUUCCGCCAGCAUGGGCUUCGCAAGGGCCGGACAAGCGAAAUCCAGAUGUCCUGGCGAGAAAUCAACUGGGCUUACCACUCGACCAGCCAGGAUAUUCUCACUGAUUUCGUCUCCAAACAAUGCCACGGUGCACUACGCUGGGAGGAUGCGCGGGAGAGCGGCAUGUUUAUGUGGCUCACCGAUCGGAAUGCCUUGCUUGCGCAAUUCGAAAUCGUUGCACGUAACGAAUACACCAAGAGCGAGAUGAAGAAUCCAGUUGACUGUAGCAUCUACUACCUGGCUCUCAAGAAGAAGACAGUCCUACAGGGACUCUGGCGAAUGGCUCACUGGAAUAGAGAGCAGGGGGCAACGCAGAAGUUGCUGUCCAAUAACUUUGAAGACCCGAAAUGGAGGACGACGGCGCUGAAGAAUGCUUACGCGCUGCUAAGCAAGCGACGCUUCGAGUACGCCGCAGCAUUUUUCUUACUUGCGGACCACCUGCAAGAUGCUGUCAAUGUCUGUUUGAAUCAACUUAAAGAUCUUCAGCUCGCAGUAGCUAUCGCGCGUGUCUACGAAGGAGACCGAGGUCUAGUGUUGACGAAGCUCCUGGAAGAAGAGGUACUAGCUGUGGCCGCCAAGGAGGGCAACCGCUGGCUUGCAUCCUGGGCCUUCUGGAUGCUGAAUCGCAAGGAUAUGGCGGUCCGGGCCCUGAUUACGACCCGGCAUUAG